UCGGCCUGAACCCAAGCUCUGGCACGCGGCCCAGACACUUAGAGGCUCUGAGGAGCGGUUAAGGUGGUGUUGGUGAAGGUACGUUGCCUGCGGCAUCCAUGGCGAGCACGGCGCUUCGGCUGCUGCGCGGCCGCGAGCUGCUAAGAAGACACUUCCCAACUUGCCUGACUCCUUGGAAAAUUCCUCCUCAUGUCUUAAAAUCUUCCCAGGCAGAAGGUGUACUUAAUAUAACAAAUAAUGGAUUUCCCUGUGCCCCACUGCAAACAUUUACAGAAGAGGAGAUGAUGAUAAAGAGCACAGUUAAAAAAUUUGCCCAGGAACACGUAGCUCCUUUGGUUUCAACAAUGGAUGAAAACUCAAAAAUGGAGAAAUCAGUAAUACAAGGAUUAUUUCAACAAGGGUUGAUGGGUAUUGAAGUCGACCCAAAAUAUGGAGGAACAGGAGCUUCAUUUUUUUCUUCUGUCCUGGUGAUAGAGGAAUUGGCCAAAGUUGAUGCAUCUGUGGCUCUCGUGUGUGACCUCCAGAAUACAAUAAUUAACAAGCUGAUUAAAAAGCAUGGAACAGAAGAACAAAAGGCCACCUAUUUGACCAAGCUGUGCACAGAAAAAAUUGGAAGUUUCUGCCUGUCAGAGUCUGGAGCAGGUAGUGACCCAUUUGCUUUGAAAACCAGAGCUGAAAAAAAAGGAGAUUAUUAUGUCAUCAAUGGGUCAAAGAUGUGGAUCAGCAGUGCCGAGUAUGCAGAGCUUUUCCUGGUGUUGGCAAAUAUAGACCCUUCCAUUGGAUAUAAAGGAAUUACUUGCUUCUUAGUAGAUCGUGAUAUUGAAGGCCUUCAUGUAGGGAAAACAGAAAACAAAUUGGGGAUCAGAGCAUCUUCCACUUGCCCAUUAACAUUUGAAAAUGUUAAGGUUCCAGAAACCAGUAUCCUAGGGCAAGUUGGACAUGGAUAUAAGUAUGCCUUAGGGGGUCUUAAUGAAGGUAGAAUAGGAAUUUCUGCACAGAUGCUGGGACUGGCACAAGGAUGUUUUGACUACACUAUCCCAUAUGUUAAAGAAAGGGUACAGUUUGGCAAAAGAAUAUUCGAUUUUCAGGGGCUCCAACAUCAAGUGGCUCACGUGGCCACCCAGCUGGAGGCUGCAAGACUACUGACAUAUAAUGCUGCUAGGCUUUUAGUAGCUGGAAGGCCAUUCAUCAAAGAGGCAUCUAUGGCCAAAUACUAUGCAUCAGAGGUCGCGGGACUAACCACUAGUAAAUGCAUCGAGUGGAUGGGUGGAAUAGGCUACACCAAGGAUUGCCCUGUGGAAAAAUACUUCCGAGAUGCAAAGAUUGGUACAAUAUAUGAAGGAACUUCAAACAUCCAGCUGAGCACCAUUGCAAAGCACAUCGAUGCACAGUACUGACAUCCAUGGGGAGAGGACACCUCCCUGAUGUCAGUGGUUGUAAAAGUUGCAACUAUUGUCCUUUGUUGCGACUAAACCUCCAUGGCAUUGAUAAAUUUUAUUUAGCCAUUUGUGAUGGUCCUUGGGGUUUUAUCUUUCCAGUCUGUUUAACUUGGGCCCAGGAAAUCAUUUUCUAACUUGAGAAGAAAUGCAUCCAUAUUUUCUCCAAAACUGUUUUUAAAGUUCUCUAUAUAUUCUAUAUACAUUAUCUAUAUACAUUAUUGUUCUAGCUUCAGAGUUUACAGAAGUCUCACCUCAUCAGCAUUUGGAAAAAUAAAGGCAUCUGAAGUUUUACUUACAGAAAUAGCUAUUUAUAUUCCAAUCAAAUCUUUAUUUUGUGAUAUCAGUCAAAGAAAUGUUUGUUAUGGUAUGCAAUUUUUAUGGACUACUUUAUAGAUUUAAUUCUAUAUUGCUAAAUUAUGUGGAAAUUGAUAACUAUUCAGAAAAAUCUAAAAAUUCCAGCUCUAAAUAUCUGAGCAUGCAUAGAAAAUAAGGGUGUAAUUCUGUAGAUCAUAUAACUGAAGAAAACAUUAUUUUAACCAAGUCAAGCAAUAUGAUUUGUUACUAUAAUUGAAGUCUUUAAAAGUUGCAUUUCAUAAUGGUUUCAGCAGAUUGUUUUAAAAAAAAUUCUCUGUAUUAGUUUUCAAGUAGAAAGUUUAAAUAAUUUGUUUAAAUCAGAAAAUCUUCAAUAGUGUUAUAUUCAUUCUAGCAUUCACAAUUUUUUCAAUAAUACAAUGUCUUUCUGUAUUAAGAUUGAAUACUAUUUCCUCAAAAUUAGUUAUUGAACUUUAUAAUGAGUCAUAAUUCAGAAAUUGUGUUUUGGUUCAGUGAUUCUGAGGGGGUUGCCUUGCCCCAUAGACAAGGGUAUCAAAAUCUUGUAAGGAAUGGGGGAAGAAAGAAGGUUGUAACAUUUUAAAAAGCAUGUUCAUUAUUAAAAUAAUUUCAUAUUUGGUAAGGGAAAAAUAAAUCUAUUUUACAGUACAAAUUAUAGGAAUAUAAUGCUUAUCAAAAUAUGUAGCUGGUUAUGCCCUUUUUUCAGUGUCAGGGAUUCUCCAUCAGGAAAACAGACCCUUCUGGGUAUUUGUCCCCUCAGGAGGGACGGGGCCAUGGGGUGGGGGAAUCUAUUAGAGAUGUUAAAAAAUGUUCCAGGGCCCAUGCAGUUGCUUAAAAUAAUCAUUGCUAUUAAAUAGGAAGCAUGUUACUACUUUAGUAAAAGGACAGUGUUUAUUAAGAAAAUCUGACCUUUUCAAAGUAAUUUUUCUUAGUACAUUCAUGUUUAUUGGAUUGGAUUAAUUUUUUAUUGGAAAUUAUAGCUAAAUAUUCAAAACUGUGUAAAUACAAUUGAGGUAGGAAUUCUAUUAAACUGUUACAAAAAGCUGAGAACAAAUUUAAACCUUGGAUCAAAAGAGAUGAAGUCUAUUUGACUUAUUAAUAGGGAGAUGAUGGAAACCCAGUCAUUCUGUCUUACAGAACAAAAGAGUAAUCUGAUAAGAAAGGUAGGUGGUAGAUGAAAUGCCCUAAAAAGGGGUUUGGACAAUCUUUAGCUUCUGUGAUUGUGUGAAAGAGGUGGACUUCACAGAUCACUGAGUAGAAGCCAACAUUAAAUAAAAAGAAUCCCAACUUCUUCCUGUAGAAUUAUAAACACCUGAAACUAUAAUAUAAACCUCAUGUUCAGACUAGCAACAUUAGAGAGCUUCCUAUUUACAUCUGGAGCUUGAAUUCAUAUUUAGUAUUGAUUUUAUGUGUAAGUACAAGUUCUACUUUUGUGUGUCUUUUUGCUUAUGGUCACAAAAAGUUAAAAUUUUUCAUUUUGCCUUAAUUAUAUUAUGUAUUAUAGUUAAUAUAUGCACAUGCCUUCUUAUAUUAAUGAACUAUUAUGUCUUACUUUUUUUCUUUUUUUUUUUUUUUUUGUAUGUGUGUGUGUCUUAACUUUUUACCAAAGAGGAUAUAGUGGGUUUCCCAGUAAUUCUCUCCUUAUAGCUUUUCUUCUUAGUAACCAUGACUUUGGGAUCUUUAAAACUGUCUAUCUUGAGUUUAUGUCUGGUGGGGGUCCAGAGCUCUUCACCCCUCAAGCCUGUCAUUAUUGUUUGUUAAUUUGAGGUUCAGGCUGUCAUGGGGUUUGGAGGGAGAGACCCAAACACAGAACCACUUGGCCACAUUUAUGUGAGAGGAGCUAGACUCAACCAAAUUGCCAAGUUAGUAUUGUUAGAGAUUUGAUUUUCCCACAUGGACAUUAGAUUUUGGAAUCGUGGCAAGAUGUUAGAGAACCAGCCAUCCAGUUCUUUCCUUUUAAAUGUGAAAGAUAAAUAGCCCAGAAUAUUUACUCAAAGUCAUCCAUCCAGGGACAAAGGCGAAGACAAGAAUCCAAAUGUGUGACUACCAUUUCAGUGCUCUUUGUCUCUGUUCGACAAAGUUUGGAUAUCAUCCUUGUUAUAUUUCAGAACUUUGUUUAUUUUACAUCUGACUGAUGAAGAACACUUCAGAAGUGUUAUGAUUGGCCCGUCAUUGCUUACAUAUAUUAAUCAGCUGCCAAAGACACCGAUGUUUGGAGAACUCUCCCAAGGUGUGGGUGUAGGUCAAAUGUGAAGAUUAUUUUGUGUCAUCAUUUGGUUUUAUGAUUAUGAUGUAUUUCAGAAAAUAUAUAUCCCUGCUGAUGUAUUUUGCUGUUCUUUCAUAAAGUGAAAAUUUUGUUUUAAUGGUAUAUAUCAGACUGUAUUCAGUAUUCCAAAAUCAAUACUCUAUGGAGAAUGAAAAAAUAAAGCACUAAGUAAAUCUGAAGUUUUUGCAACUCUGAUAAAGCAAAAAUGGUUUGUUGCACACACAGAUGAAAUAAGGAAAUAAUGCGAUCUUCCUACGAGGUUGAGAAAUAAAAUACCUGUAUUUACCAAG